CAAAAGCGGGUCAUCGUUCGGUUCAAAUCCUUCGCAUCUUCAUCAGUGUUUGCUGACGAGAGAAAAAAAAAAUCAUGAUCCUCGCGUUCAUGAUGUGCGCCACUUUGGCGAUCGCCGCUGGAUUUCCUCAAGCUCCGCAAAGACCACAGCUGCCACAGCCUCCUCCUGCACUGAGAGACAGCAAAUCUUACCUGAACCCCUUCGUACCCACUCUGACCUACUCUUUGCCAUACAACUUCCAAUACUCGGCUCCUCACUACGUCUUCCCACUUCCGGAUUCCAUCAAAUCAUCCGAGGUCAAGAAACCUGGCCCAGAAAAAGUGGAAAAACCAGUUGAAUAUACCGAAAAGCCCAAAGAAGAGAAGAAGGAAGAAUUCGUGAAUUUCGUCAAAUACGCUCAUCCAGUGUAUCCCCAGUUUUACCGCUUUCCAAAUUAUCCGGUUUACAGCCCUGUCUUUCCUUUCCCAGCAGCCCCAUACCCGGCAAAACCUGGCCUCGAAGAACUUCAACGAGCGACGCCCAGACUCGGUCCCGUUCGUUUCCCUCCUCGAGGUGGCUGGAAAUGGGUCAAACAAGGUCAGGUUCUGGGCUAUCUGGAUCACUCAGAGGACUCAGAGGCCACGAGGCGGGAUGUGCAACGGGGGAAAGGAGCCCGGGCCAGGCAAGGGGUUGCUGCUGCUGCAAGGGUGGCGGUGGGGCGAUGCGUGGUAGCUGCUGGUGGCGGCAAGGAAGGCACCCGCCCACGGAGUCUGCACCCUCCGGGCAUGCGUCAACCCUAA